AUGAAGAACCGUCCCCAUAUAAGGGCGUUUGUGAGCCCGGGAAGCUGCGAAAUCCGUACCGUCUCCCGCUUUCCAUCACCCCGCCCCAUUCUCCUUCUUUCCAUCACCCCGACCCAUUCUCCCGCUUUCCAUCACCCCGCCCCAUUCUCCCGCUUUCCAUCACCCCGCCCCAUUCUCCCUCUUUCCAUCACCCCGCCCCAUUCUCCCGUUUUCCAUGACCCCAACCCAUUCUCCCGCUUUCCAUCACCCUGCCUAAUUCUCCCCCUUUCCAUCACCCCGCCCCAUUCCCCCUCUUUCCAUCACCCCACCCUGUUCUCCUGUUUUCCAUCACCCCGCCCCAUUCUCCCGCUUUCCAUCACCCCGCCCCAUUCUCCCGCUUUCCAUCACCCCGCCCCAUUCUCCCGCUUUCCAUCACCCCGCCCCAUUCUCCCGCUUUCCAUCAACCCACCCCAAUCUCCCACUUUCCAUCACCCCGCCCCAUUCUCCCGCUUUCCAUCACCCCUACCCAUUCUCCAUCUUUCCAUCACCCCGCCCCAUUCUCACGCUUCCCAUCACCCCGCCCCUUUCUCCCGCUUUCCAUCACCCCGCCCCAUUCUCCCGCUUUCCAUCACCCCGCUCCAUUCUCCCGCUUCCCAUCACCCCGCCCCUUUCUCCCGCUUUCCAUCACCCUGCCCCAUUCUCCAUCUUUCCAUCACCCCUGCCCCAUUCUCCCUCUUUCCAUCACCCCGCCCCAUUCUUUCUCUUUCCAUCACCCCGCCCCAUUCUCCCUCUUUCCAUCACCCCGCCCCAUUCUCCAGCAUUCCAGCACCCCGCCCUAUUCUCCCGCUUUCCAUCACCCCGCCCCAUUCUCCCGCUUUCCUUCACCCCGCCCCAUUCUCCCGCCUUCCAUCACCCGGCCACAUUCUCCCACCUUCCAUCAUCCCGCCCCAAUCUCCCUCCUUCCAUCACCCCACCCAAUUCUCCCUCCUUCCAUCACCCCGCCCCAAUCUCCCACUUUCCAUCACCCCGCCCCAUUCUCCCGCUUUCCAUCACCCCUCCCCAUUCUCACGCUUUCCAUCAUCCCGCCCCAUUCUUCCUCUUUCCAUCACCCCACCCCAUUCUCCCGCUUUCCAUCACUCCGCCCCAUUCUCCCGCUUUCCAUCACCCAACCCCAUUCUCCCGCUUUCCAUCACCCCGCCCCAUUCUCCCGCUAUCCACCACCCCGCCCCAUUCUCCCGCUUUCCAUCACCCCGCCCCAUUCUCCCGCUUUCCAUCACCCCGCUCCAUUCUCCCUCUUUCCAUCACCCCGCCCCAUUCUCCCUCCUUCCAUCACCCCGCCCCAUUCUCCCGCUUUCUGUCACCCCGCCCCAUUCUCCCACUUUCCAUCACCCCGCCCCAUUCUCCCGCUUUCCAUCACCCCGCCCCAUUCUCCCGCCUUCCAUCACCCCACCCCAUUCUCCCUCCUUCCAUCACCCCACCCCAUUCUCCCGCUUUCCAUCACUCCGCCCCAUUCUCCCGCUUUCCAUCACCCCGCCCCAUUCUCCCGCUUUCCAUCACCUCGCCCUAUUCUCCCGCUUUCCAUCACCCCGCUCCAUUCUCCCUCUUUCCAUCACCCCGCCCCAUUCUCCCUCCUUCCAUCACCCCGCCCCAUUCUCCCGCUUUCUAUCACCCCGCCCCAUUCUCCCGCUUUCCAUCAUCCGCCCCAUUCUCCCGCUUUCCAUCACCCCGCCCCAUUCUCCCGCUUUCCAUCACCCUGCCCUUUUCUCCCGCUUUCCAUCACCCCGCCCCAUUCUCCCGCUUUCCAUCACCCCGCCCCAUUCUUCCGCUUUCCAUCACCCCGCCCCAUUCUCUUGCUUUCCAUUACCCCGCCCCAUUUGUUAUAGUCACAGUAGGCUCCAAUGUGCCUAA